AUGUCGGCUUUCAUGGUGGAUAAAGACUUACAUGAUCAGGGAUUCACUGGUCCGAAGUUCACGUGGUCGAAUAAUAAACAGGGCUCCAAUAAGGUCUGGGUACGAUUGGAUCGCGUCCUGAUGAAUUCUGUGGGCCUGCAAUUUUAUCCUCUAGCUUCCGUCAAGCAUAUGUUACGGCUUGCUUCGGACCACUGCCCGCUACUCUUGAGAUUAACGAAUGAGCCUGCGAAUCCCGGGAGUAAAUGGAUCAGAUUUGAGGAUGUGUGGAGAACCUUCCCGGCCACCUGGAAAGUUUUUUGGAAGAGCUGGACCAAGCACGAUCACGGGCAGCCAGAUGAUGUCCUGAACCGCAAGUGUUCAAGGACCCUCCGAUCUCUGUUCUUAUGGAGUCGUAAUCAUAUGAAGGACCUGGGGGAAACGAAAAUUGUGCUUGAGGCGCGUCUCGCUGAACUCCAGCUUCUAGAGAGUUCACCGGUGGGACUGAACUCUGUGCAGGAAUCGGAGUUAAGGAAAACUGCUAAUGAUCUGAUUACUAACCUCGCCAGAACAACGACUUGGUGGAAGCAGUGCGCCAAGACUCGGUGGAUUGAGGAGGGAGAUGCGAACUCCCAUUUCUUCCAUUCAUCUGCCUCGGCUCGCCGGAGGAGCAACCGUAUUGUUGAAAUUCAGACAACUAAUGGAGAAAGAACCUCCGACCAGAACAAAAUUCAGGAGGAAUUCCUGAGAUUCUUCACGGCUAAAUGGAGAGACUGA